GAUAAAGGCGCAGUGAAAUGGAUGUCAACUCAUUAAUCAACCACGUCAAGCAGCGUCCCGCUCUCUGGGAUGCAAGCCAUCCGGGGCAUGCCAAACGAGAGGAGCUCAGGAAUCAAUGGCUCGGCGUGGCCGAGGCAAUGGAAGCCAAUGUGGAACUGUGUCGCAGGAAAUGGCAAAGCCUGCGAAGCAGCUGUCGCAGGUGGCAGAGCCGUGCCAAUAGCUCUUCGCGAACACAGUGGCAGUAUGCCGAGGCCAUGAGCUUCCUGGGCGGGCAUCGGGCAGAUGAGGUCCCAGACUUUGAGGAGAAUUUAGAGCCGGAGCAGGAGCAGCAGGAGCAGGCACAGGAGCAUGAGCGCGACGCUGACGCCGAUUUUAUGAUGAGCUUUGUGCCAAAAAUGAAGAAAUUGGGCAGCGUGCAAAAUGCGAACUUUUGCAUGAUGGUUAGCGAAGCAUGGUUGCGAAACCUGCAACAGCCGCCCAUGCCACAAUCGCAACAAGCGAAAAGGGAGCAGGAAACAAACCCCGUCUCCAGCUCUAAUAUGUAAAAUUGUAAUAAUA